AUGUCCGUGGAUUACCAGGCGUCCUUCGUGGGGCACCCGCCCGGCUGCGCCUACCCGAAGCUGAACUUCGUGGAGGACUCCAAGGUGGUGCUGGGGGACUCCAAGGAAGGGGCCUUUGCCUACGUGCACCACCUGACUCUGUACGACCUCGAAGCGCGCGGCUUCGUGAGGCCCUUCUGCAUGGCCUACAUCUCUGCUGACGAGCACAAGAUCAUGCAGCAGUUCCAGGAGCUCUCUGCAGAGUUCUCCAAAGCGUCCGAGUGCCUGAAGACGGGCAACAGGAAAGCUUUUGCCAGCGAGCUGGAAAAGAAACUGAAAGACCUUGACUACACGAGGACCGUGCUGCACAACGAAACGGAGAUCCAGAAGAAAUCCAACGACAAAGGGUAUUACACCACCCAAGCGAUCGAGAAGGCCAAUGAACUGGCCAGCGUUGAAAAAUCUAUCAUUGAGCACCAGGAUCUGUUAAAGCAGAUCCGGUCCUAUCCCUAUAGGAAACUGAAGGAUUCUGAUUUCCACCCCUAUGAGCCGGAGUGUGGGCUGGAUCAGGCUGACGGGAGCUGUGAGCAGGACCUGGCUAGCUCGGAGCUCGCCGAGCCCGGCGAAACGCACCCGUAUGCGCACGUGCCAUCCUAUACCCCCAAACUCAUCAAAGCCAAGUCCUCCAAAUGCUUUGACAAGAAGCUGAAGACGCUGGAGGAGCUCUGCGACGUUUACUUUUUCACCCAGACUCUGGAUCAGCUGCAUCAGAUUGAGAGGACUUUCCGAGGGGACGUGUGCUACCUCCUGACCAACCAGAUCAGCAGAGCGCUUUUAAAACAGCAAAGUGUGACCAACUUCCUCUUUGAAGACGCAUCUCUGCUGGAUGAAAAAGCACCUGAAAAGCAGUACAGAGGCUGCCAGAGACUUAGUCAAGAUGCUGUCAACAGAAAGUGUUUGGAAGAGCUUCCCACUCCUAAAGUGGUAAUCAGCCUGGGCUCGUACAAGUCCAGCGUGGAGUGUGUGCCUAUCAAGAUGGAGCAGGAAAUUGAAGACUCGCAGGAUCCCACUAUGGCAGAAUCCAUAACUUUUGAGCACCAGGACAAUUUGGACUAUCUCGAUGCGGAUAUUAAAGGGAGCAUCAGUAGUGGGGAGAGCAUUGAGGUUCUCGGCACGGAAAAGUCGGCCUCGGUUCUAACGAAAUCGGAGAGCCAGGCCAGCCUCCCCAUCAGCCCGAGCCCCCAGGGGGGCAGGAGCAAGGUGGGCAGCAGGAGGACCGUGAGCGAGGACAGCAUCGAGGUUCUCAGCACGUGCCCCUCGGAGUCCCUGAUCCCGGAGGAUUUCAAAGCGAGCUACCCAAGUGCCAUUAAUGAAGAACCUUAUGCAGACGACGAGGAGGGCGGCCUUCAUUUCAGCCCCAAGUUAAGCCUGGAUAACGCUGACGAGCAGGAAGGCGGCUCAAAGCCGGAGAACCUCCUGCAGGUCGAUUCCGCCUGCUGCAUCGGGAAGGAGAGCCCCGGCUUCCUGGAGCCGCUGGCCGAGCUGGGCGCGAAGGCCUGCGAGGACGAGGACGGUGUGGUGAGCAUCCCCCCGCAGCCGCUGCGGCCGCCCGAGCAGGGCCUGCACGGGCCCUUCGCGGGCUACCACUGCCCCGACAGCGCCUCGGGAGGGCUCCUGUCCUACGAGCUCGACCCGCGCUACCUGGCGGGCAGCCGGGACGUGAGUAAAACCAGCCUGGACGAGUGCUCGGACACCACGAGCUACAUCAGCAGCGCCGCGUCCACGUGCUCCGAGCCGACCCCUUCUCCCGCUCAUCCCGCCCUUCCCGCCGGCGAAAGGCACAAAAAAAAGGCCGGGCAGAACGCGCUGCGCUUCAUCCGGCAGUAUCCCUUCGCUCACCCCGCAAUAUACUCCCUGCUCAGCGGGAGGACCCUCGUCGUGCUGGGGGAGGAUGAAGCAAUAGUCAAGAAGCUGGUGACCGCCCUCUCCAUCUUCGUGCCCAACUGCGGCGGCUACGCCAAGCCCGUGAAGCACUGGGUCACUUCCCCUUUGCACAUUGUGGAUUUCCAGAAGUGGAAGCUGAUCGGGCUGCAGAGGACGGCGUCUCCCGCGGGGGCGAACGUGGUGCACGCGCUGGGCCGCUACAGCCGCUACGUCAGCGUCCUGGACGCGGACAGCAAGACCCUGCGCGGGCCCCUGUACCGAGGGGCGCUGGUGCCGAGGCUGGCGGACCACCGCACGCAGAUCAAGCGGGGCAGCACCUACUACCUGCACGUGCAGAGCGUCCUCGCUCAGCUCUGCUCCAAAGCCUUCCUCUUCACCUUCUGCCACCACCUGCACCUCCCCAUCAGCGAGACGGAAUCCGAGGAAUCUGUCGUGAGCCGCAGGAUGAACUUUCUGAAGCUGCACCUGGGCCUUGCUAAUGAGGAUGUCAAAAUUGUACAGUAUCUGGCUGAGCUGCUGAAGCUGCAGUACAUUCAGGAACCCGAGCGGAGGGGGAACCCUCUGCUCAGAUUUGACUAUGUUCCCAGCUUUUUGUACAAAAUUUAG